CUGCAAAUUCUUCAAUAAUCCCCUCCGUAUAUACUCCGUGAAUUCUUCUAAUACGAGUACAUUAGGUUGACAAAAUGGAGCAGCAAGUGGGCAACACUUCUUUCAUCAAAACUCUUUUCAAUGCCCUCAAUUCCAUUUUAGGAAUUGGAAUGUUGUCAAUCCCUUAUGCUAUUGCCUGUGGAGGCUGGUUAAGUUUAUUAUUUUUUCUGAUCAUUUCUAUGGGAGCAUGCUAUGCGGGCUUGCUCACUCAGCGCUGCAUGCAAUUAAACCCCACAGUUAAAAGUUUUCCAGAUCUUGGAAAACAGGCUUAUGGGAAUCUAGGGGAAACAAUAAUCUCGGCCAUCCUCUGUGUGGAUCUUUAUCUGGUUUUAACAGAUUUUCUCAUCUUGGAAGGGGAUAACCUAUACAGCCUCUUCCCCAACAUGAAGAUUGUGUUAUUUGGCUUGUCAAUAAGUGGAAAAACAUGUUUUGUCAUAAUCAUCGCUCUCGUUCUCCUUCCCACUGUUUGGAUUGAAGAUUUACGCCUUCUCGCAUACAUCUCUACUCUUGGGGUUAUGUCAUCUUUAGCAUUGCUUAUUUGUGUGUUCUGUGUUGCGGUGUUUGAUGAUGUGGGCUUUCACCAUAAGGGCGAAGUUAUAAGUUGGAGAGGGUUUCCAAUGGCUCUCAGCUUAUACAUGUUCUGCUUUAGUGCAAAUCAUGUUUUCCCCUCCUUAUACAAUUCCAUGCGAAGUAAGCAUCACUUUUUCAAGGUACUCCUCAUGGCCUUUGGGAUUGCAACAUUUAUCUACGCAGCAAUGGGAAUCUUAGGUGGCAUCCACAGUCGAGAGCUGGCUUUCUCGUAGAUACCAACAAAAGAGAUCAGUCAAUAUUUCAUUGCGAUCCCUUUUAGUUGUUUCGCAGGUCAUCGUGGGUCUUUCGAUCCCAUUUUUUGGUUCCCUCACGUCCCUUGUUGGAGCCCUAUGUAGUGGAACAGCUUCUAUCACAAUUCCGUUUUUAUGCUACUUGAAAAUCUCGAAAAUUCGUUGGAAUUCCAUUGAAGGAGUUGCACGUGUUCUACUUGCUGCAUUUAGCAUAUUGCUAAUUGUGAUUGGCACCUAUACUUCCUUAGAGAGUAUAGUAAAGAAUAUGGAUUAUU